AUGCCUGUCGAGACACGCGCUGCUGAGCAGCGUCGCCUGAACGCACCACCCCCCGCCGUCCCCGUCCCGUUCACGUGUGUCGCCUGCAUGGACGACCACCCAGCCCUAGCCAUCGACGUGGCAGGCAACCCCAUCUGCCCAGCCUGCUACCAUCGGGGCAUCGCGCCGCAAUUCGAAGCCGCACUGCGGGACGAAGCUCGAUACCCGCCGCGAUGGGCCGACCAGCCCCUGGGCAUCCAGCCUUUCGCAGACCAGGGUCUCAUGACCCCGGAGUUCCGUCAGGACUACGAGCUUCGGGAGCAGGAAUAUGCCAUCCUGGCCAGGGACCGAGUGUACUGCAGCUGUGGGCAGUUCCUGGGCGCGCGGGCGACGCACACGGUGCGGACGCGAUGCGUGCGCGAUGGGAGGCGGACGUGCCCGGACUGCUUGGGGACGUUUCAAGGUACGGUGCGCAGCCACAUUUGCCAUUCUUCUGAAGAGAUUGACCAUUUCCAGGGCCUCGUGCAGGGUCGCGACUACCAGAUCUGCACGUGUGGAUGCGUCGUGGAGCUGACCUCUGGCUGCAACCAUAUGACGUGUCGAAUGCCAGCCUGUCGACGGGAAUUCUGCUACAUCUGCGGAGAGGACGCGGUCGAGGAGUCGAAUCACUGGGCGCCGGGAGGAUGUCCGAAAUACCAUCAGCCCGGGGCAGCAAAUGCUCGGCAUGCACUCUUCCACGAUGAGGAAGAAGAUGAGGAAGAUGAGGAGUAUGAUCUGCUAGAGCAGGAUGAGCAAACUCAGAGAGUGUGGCGUUUCUCCAACUUGCUCGACCACGAGCACAUGCGUGUAGUCGAAGGUGAUGCGGAGAAUGCGAUCAUGCGAGCGAUCAUGGCAAGCCCCGAGAACCAGCUGCGAAGAAUGCAUGCCCGACAACUGCUGCGCAUCCAACGACACGCCCAUUCCCUCGCCUACACUCGCGGACUGGAUCCUGACGUCCGAGUCGAUAUGGGGGUCGUCGGAGGCCUGCUCAACCUCAUGCUAGACCAGAGCUACAAUCUUUCCAUCUACGUCAUGCACAUGAUGGGAGGCGUAGGACCGGACCUCGAUCCGCAUGUCGUGUUUGGGCCUCUCGAGGUAGGACAUCUGAUACGAGUUCUGACGGGGCUGACACAUCUUGGAGCCUUCCCAAACGUCAUGCAGCGCCUGGCGCCAAUCGUUGAAGCGUACAUGCACGCCGCCGAAGGUCGUUUCGAAGCUCUCAAUGGCAUGGCUCGGAAUGCCCUUCAGAACCAUGCAGCUGACGAGUAG